AUCAGAUGCAGGGUACGGUCACGCUGAGGAACAUCAGCACCAGCACAUCUGGACUGUAUCAGUGCACGGCUUCAAACGCCAUCGGAAAGAGCACCUGCGUCCUCAACCUGCAGGUCGUGGCACCACAGCCUCAGAGCGUCGGUCUGAUCGCAGGAACCAUCGCCACUGCUAUUCUGGUGCUCCUCAUCUGCUCUUUACUGGUGCUCAUCACGCUCUUCUACUGGAGAAACAAGAACAAAUACGAGGAGGAGGAGAUUCCCAACGAGAUCAG